AUGCAGCACAAUUCGGUCUGGUUAACUCCUCAGUACGGUUCAAGCUAUUCUUCGAGUUUGUGGGUUUGUAAGGAAAUCCUAAAAGUGCGAGAUCUGGCUGCUUUUUUCCUUAAGGUCGAGCUUGGAAAUGGCAAAAAUGAUCUGUUUUGGUAUGAUAGGUGGUCAUCGAUGGGGAAUUUGCUGACUCUGUUAGGGCCCAAGGUCUUCAUUGAUCUAGGAAUUGGAGAAACAUCGACGCUAAGAGAUUUUUUCCUAACACACAGAAGGAGAAGGCACAGAUACCCGAUUCUGAACAGGGUGGAAUAUGAGAUAGAUCAAGCUAAGGCUCGAUAUCAACCUAAUGCAGAGGACUCUUAUCUUUGGCGAGUGAAAGAGAAUGACUACAAAAGGAGUUUCAACACACGAACUACCAGAGAUCUGGUGCGAAACUCGUCACCAAAAGUUCCUUGGACUAAAGGGAUAUGGUUCACUCACCAUUGCCCUAAAUUCGGUUUUAUUGCCUGGCUUGCUCUACUAGAUAGACUCAGCACUGGAGAUCGUACGCACCACUGGAAUGCUAACCUUUCCACUGUUUGCGUCCUUUGCAACCAUCAGUUGGAAACAUGUUGCCAUUUAUUCUUCUCUUGCCCCUACUCGAAGCAGUAUACCAUUUAUGGAUUGUGGAGAGAAGGGAAUGAAAGACGGCACAGAGGAAACUCAAAGCCAACUUCAAAGCUAGUCAAAGACAUCGACAAAGGGAUCAUAAACCAGUUCAGUGCCAUUCAUCUGCAGGGUGAUUCUCGUUACGAAGAAGGCCUGCAGCUCUGGUUUGCAUCAAGACCAAAGACAUAA